AUGCAUCAGUGCUUCCUCGAUUCCUCCAGAGGGCGGAAGAAACAUAGAGGAGCUAGCAAGGAUCCAAAUAAGAGACGUGGGAAAAUCAACCACCAAAAGGCGCCUGGCCCUAAAUUCAUGGCUAUCUUACGCCCCCUACAGGCGAGACCUUUCGCUUCCUUGUAACCCCCUGCAGCUGCAGUGACAGCCGAGAGUCGUACACACAAAACAAUCAUGGCGGACAAUAUAACCAUGGAGUCUAUAACGGAGCACGAGCGGAUUUUACAGGAAAUUGAGAGUACCGACACGGCUUGCGUCGGCCCCACGCUUCGAUCAAUCUACAAUGACCAGCCAAAUGCACACAAGCGCUUCAUGGAGAAGUUGGAUGCCAGGAUAAGGAAUCAUGACCGUGAGAUUGAAAAGAUGUGCAACUUUCACCACCAAGGCUUUGUAGAUGCAAUUACAGAGCUUCUCAAAGUCCGCACGGAUGCAGAGAAGCUUAUGACCCAAGUGAUAGACACUAAUCGAAGACUACAAGAAGCUGGGAGGGAGGUAACAGCUCAGACAGAGGAGGUGAUUCGCUGUCGGAUCCAGCAGAGGAACAUGACCACCACUGUGGAGAAACUCCAGCUGUGUAUACCAGUUCUAGAAAUGUACAGCAAACUAAAGGAACAGCUGGAAUCCAGAAGAUACUACGCUGCACUGAAAACCAUGGAACAACUGGAGAAUGUCUACAUACCCCGGGUUAGCCAGUACAAAUUUUGUCAGAUUAUGGCUGAAAAUCUGCCCAUGCUGAGGGAUGAAAUAAAAGAGAUCUCCAUGUCUGACCUGAAGGACUUCCUGGAGAGCAUAAGAAAACAUUCAGACAAAGUUGGAGAGACUGCUAUGAGACAGGCACAACAACACAGGACCUUUAACAGUGCCGUAGUGAGGCAGGCCGGUGUGGGCCACUACACUAAGCCUUUGUACUCCCUCAACGGGCAAACACACACGCACAACACUCUCACGAUGGAUGAUGAUGCAGAAUAUGACGACUAUGCUGAUGAUGAGAUUCUUACAGCUCAAGACCUUGUAGACUUCUCACCUGUUUACAGGUGUUUACACAUUUAUACCGUGCUGGGAGACAGAGAAACAUUUGAAAAUUAUUACCGGAAACAGCGGAAAAAGCAGGCCAGGCUUGUGCUGCAACCACAGGCUAAUAUGCAUGAAACAGUGGAGGGCUACCGACGUUACUUCAAUCAGAUUGUUGGGUUCUUUGUUGUGGAGGACCAUAUCCUCCAUGCCACACAGGGGCUGGUGACUAGAGCGUUCACUGACGAACUGUGGAAUAUGGCCCUCUCCAAGAUCAUCGCUGUGCUACGCACACACUCUUCAUACUGUGAAGAUCCAGACCUGGUCUUGGAGCUGAAGAACCUUAUUGUUAUUUUUGCUGACACCCUACAGGGUUUUGGCUUCCCUGUGAAUCGGCUAUUCGACCUGCUGUUUGAGGUCAGAGACCAGUACAAUGAAACUCUGCUGAAGAAAUGGGCACUGGUAUUCAGGGAGAUCUUCGAAUUGGAUAACUACAGUCCCAUACCAGUGGAAACAGAAGACGAGUAUAAACUGGUAGUCGGCCGCUUCCCCUUCCACGAUGCUGAGAUUGAGAAGCAGGACUUUCCAAAGAAGCUGCCGAUGUCCCAGUCUGUCCCACAGAUAUAUAUGCAAGUGAAAGAGUUCAUUUAUGCCAGCCUCAAGUUCUCUGAGUCGCUACACCGCAGUUCAACAGAGAUAGAUGACAUGUUGCGAAAGUCAACCAACCUGCUGCUGACAAGAACACUCAGCUGUUGUCUCCAAAACCUCAUCAAGAAGCCACAUAUCGGGCUUACUGAGCUGGUUCAAAUCAUCAUCAACACCACCCACCUGGAGCAAGCCUGCAGGUAUCUGGAGGAGUUCAUAACAAACAUUACCAAUGUGUCCCCAGAAACGGUACACACUACAAGACUUUAUGGCCUGUCUACUUUCAAGGAUGCCCGUCAUGCUGCAGAAGGAGAAAUCUACACCAAACUGAACCAGAAAAUCGAUGAGUUCAUCCAGCUGGCAGAUUAUGAAUGGGGCAUGGCGGAGUCAGAUGGGCGGGCCUCCGGUUAUCUCAUGGACCUGAUCAAUUUCCUGCGAUCCACAUUUCAAGUCUUCACGCACCUCCCGAAUAACAACAAUGAACAUCCGUCGAUGUCGGGUAAAGUGGCCCAAACAGCUUGUAUGUCAGCCUGCAAGCAUCUGUCCACAUCACUGAUGCAGAUGCUGCUGGACACCGAGCUGAAACAGAUCAGCAUGGGGGCCAUUCAGCAGUUCAACUUAGAUGUCAUCCAAUGCGAAUUGUUCGCCAGCUCAGAGCCAGUCCCAGGUUUCCAAGGAGAUACACUCCAAUUGGCUUUUAUCGACUUGAGACAGCUCCUGGACCUGUUCAUGGUAUGGGACUGGUCAACUUACCUUGCAGACUACGGCCAGCCGACCUCCAAGUACCUCCGAGUGAACCCGGCCACAGCGCUGGCUUUACUUGAGAAGAUGAAGGACACCAGUAAGAAGAACAACAUCUUCUCUCAGUUCAGGAAGAACGACAGAGACAAACAGAAGCUGAUAGAGACUGUUGUCAAACAACUGAGGAGUCUGGUCAGUGGCAUGUCUUCCUAAGGUCGUGUGUGACUGGCUAGCACACUGAAACUGCCCAUUCAGGCCAACGUUUCCAACCAAUGACAUACCAAUACAAAUACGGCCCAGAGCUAUUUGGAUGGCUACCGAGUUUGUAUAACCACAAUGGAUUUGAAAUUAACCAUUCAAAAAAAGGGCGGCUUUAAUUUAAGAGGUCUCACCAAAUAUGAUGUUUACCAUUUAUGAAUGACUGAAGUUUAGUACCUCAAUUUUCAAGGGAUUGAUCGUAUUUGGAAAAUGUACAUAACCAUAUUUUUUAUAUUUGGACCAUAUCAUAUUAAGAUUAUUUGCAGAAUCCUAAAAACUCCGAACUGUCCAAAUAAUGCUGAAUCUAAGUGUGCAUGAUACCUGUACAUACGACGCACAAAGGCGCAGCAAUACAAGUUACAAGGUGUGCAGGGAACAGACUCCUAAUACAACAUACGCAACAUCAAAUUGUCUUAUACUGUACAUGACUGAAUACUCUGUGUAAAUACAAUACAGAGCACAAAAAAAUUAACUGUGUAAUGGAACCGUGAAAAAUCUGCAAAUAAUUUUGAAUGGCUGUGAUAAUAAGACAAAUGAGCUUUUUUUUGUAUAUGUGUGGAUGUGCAAUGAUUAAAGCUCCAGCUCCAAUGACGUUACUGUCUGCCUAAAGCCACUGAACAUGUUGGAUUUUACAGGCUUUUCAGUAACCGAACACAUCACCAGAUCGACAAGUAACUAUAUACAGAUGUCCUUUUUAGUUGUAUGUUUUGCUUUGUUUCUGGAACCAUUCAGGGAUACAAGAGGAAAGUCUUCAAUAAUAAUCAUUGCUGAUCUAAUCUCAUAUUUCUUAGAGUUGUUGUCUAGCUUUAAUAUAACUACGGCGAUGAUAACAUCCUUAUCUCUUCAGGGUUUGAUAUUUAAACAUUUGCCUUUUUACUUUUGCAACAUGUAAGUCUUUUUUUUAAAUCUUUGUUGAUUUAAAUGGCCAAGUUUGUAUCUAUUUAUAGUACAGUCAUGGCCAUAUGUUUUAAGAAUGACACAGAUAUUAAUUUACAUAAAGUCUACUGCCUCAUUUUUUAUGAUUGGCAAUUGGCAGACACUUCAGCAUAUUAUGAAGAGAAAUAAGAUAAAAGUUCCUCUUUGCUAUGAAAAUGAACUUCCUCCCAAAAAAACAUUUCCACUGCAUUUCAGCCCUGCCACAAAAGGAGCAGCUGACAUCAUGUUAGUCUUUCUCUGGUUAAUGUAGGUGAGAGUGUUGGCAUCCUGAUUGAGUGAGAAUAACUUUUGCAUGGUGCUUGAAAUCUUUAAUUUUCCUCUGUUAACCAUGGUUACCUGCAAGGAAACACAUGCAGUCAUCAUUGAUUAUCACGUAGGGGCUUCACAGGCGAGGGGAUAUUACUGCUAGUCGGAUGGCACCUAAACCAACCGUUCAUCACAUCAUUAAGAACUUCAGGGAGAGAGGUUCGACUGUUGUGAAGAAGGCUUCAGGGCGCUCAUGAAAUGCAAGCAUCUGGACUGACUCUGAACGUUGAUUUAGCUGUGGGAAUGGGGGCACCACCAGUGCAGUACUCAGGAAUGGUAGCCGGCAGGCAGGCAGGUCUCAGUGCAUCUGGUCACACAGACUUUUGGGAAAUGGCCUGGUGUCAAGAAGGGCACAUACAGUAACAUCUGACAACACUGAAGCAACAAAGUGAGUGAAAACUAAAAAAACUACUUGUCUCAUUCUCAAGAGGUUAGGCCACGACUGUACAUUUGGAGAUGCAAACUUUUUAAAAUGUGAUUUUUAAUCAAAUGAUUGUUAUUGUUUGUAUUGAACAUACAUUGUGAACAUGCUCAUUGUCUCGGGACCUAAUAUGUCAGUCCAGCGUGUCUUUGUGUACAAAACAUUUACCAUAAAAGUGAUGGUUUUAACACCACCAUCAGUUUCAAGCCCGUUAACACUCUUUCAUUGUUGUUCACUCAAGGUUGAGGAAGCCAACUAGCUAGUGUGCUCGCUCUCAGGAAACCACUCCUGUGCGGUGCUUUCACAUCAGAGCAUCCAAAUAUCUCCAAUACCACAAGAAGGUUGUUGCCAGAUGCUUUUUAUGAGCAGCUUUGGAAAGUAAAACCACAAGUUUUGCCUAAUAGGAUUACAUGGUUAACAUAUUGUAUGUUCAUCUAAUACAGAGGGAAUCAUACCGAUGGUCCACCACUCUAUUUGUCACUCACCAACUAUUUCAUGUUGAUGUAGCCUUUCAAAAUAACAGCUCUUAAGAUAUUUCAUAAUGAUGUAAGGCUAAAAAUAAAAUAAAAUCACAGAUACCAGGGAAACAUUCACAUUUUGCGGACAUUCAUGUCAUGCCAACACUUAGCUCCACUUGAAGUGACCGUAACAACUUUGUAAACCUGUUUUGAAAUGUGCAGAACAGGCUAAUUCAAGCCAACCAUGCAUUCAUAACACAUAUUUGGUUUAUCCUUCUUGCCAAAUCCCCCUUUUCUGUUAAUUCAGGUAGAAAAGAUACAUAAAAUGUACCAUAAUUGGAUCAUACGACUAUCUGCUUUCUGCUGGUUGACCUCCAAACACUGUUUGGACUUGUUGGAAAAAAUAUGUACUAAUCAAAUGCAGUUAUGUAAUAUUGUGAUGAGAUUCUGCAUCUUUCACAGUUAGAACCACACCCUGAGGCACUUGUAAUGUCAAAAUUAACAUUGCUUACUGGUAUUAUCAUGUCUGUGUUCAAAACGUUAAUGCCGACUGGUUGUCAUCAAAAGUCCACAAAGUAACUGCAGCUCCAAACUGUUAUUGGAGUUUUGCAUUAUUUUGGUGCUUUUCCUGUUUCCAGUUAUGUCGUCACUUGCUGCUACACUCAGCUUGAAAAUCGUCUGGGGUCGAGGUACUGUUUUGUUGAAAAUCAACGAUUUACAGCUGGCGCUAGCAAGCCAGACAACAAGUGAAUCAAAGCCAUCACCAGCACAACGGAAUUCCUUGCAAGAGAAGACAAGCUCGUGAACAGGAGGAAGGGCUCCAGGAAUCAAAGAGGAGUCCCAGGAAUCAGGGCGGCACGGGACAACAGAGACAGAAGUAAACAAAAGAAUAAGCGAUAAAAGAAGGUCUUAUGCAAGGAUGUCAGGAAGAGAAGUUGAGGUGAACUGGAUGUUGUCUCAGUGGAGCAACAGGAGCCCAAUACUCUGCAGUCACAAGAGGAGAAAGUGGAUGGAAACAGCAUUGAAAACAUUUCUGUCCCUUAGGGGGUAUGACAGAAAUUAUUCAAAUAAUUGAUAAGCACUGAUCCACAUGAGGGCGGCACGGCUAGGAGACCAGGGUUCAAUUCCACCCUCGGCCGUCUCUGUGUGGAGUUUGCAUGUUCUCCCCGUGCAUGCAUGGGUUUUCUCCGGGUACUCCGGUUUCCUCCCACAUUCCAAAAACAUGCUAGGUUAAUUGGCCACUCCAAAUUGUCCAUAGGUAUGAAUGUGAGUGUGAAUGGUUGUUUGUCUAUAUGUGCCCUGUGAUUGGCUGGCCACCAGUCCAGGGUGUACCCCGCCUCUCGCCCGAAGACAGCUGGGAUAGACUCCAGCAUGAGCCGCUACUUUGUUACAUACAGUGGUGCAGCUAAUUUGUAGGCAGCAUCUCAUUUUUGCAUGGUUUAAAUGGUUGCGUGUCUUUACAAAGAGUAUUAUUUGACUAAUAUUUACAUUUGUUUGAUGACAUGAAACAUUUAAAUGUGCAAACAAAUUAGACGUCGGGAAGGGGGCAAACACUACUGUAUCUGUUACAUUUACCAUUCCUGGUUAAUUUAUUCCUUAUCUGAAAAUGACUACUUGACACGGUUUUGUGCUUUCAGUGUAAGGAGAUGGUCAAAAGUGAAAGUGUUAAUGGUUCAAGUUCUGAUUUGCUACCGUUGUUGAAAGUAUUUGCCAAAGUAGUAUACCACAGCAGAAAUAUACAAAAUAAAUUAUUAUUAUUAGAUUAUUAUUUACAUAUGAGAAAGGUGAAUAGAUGAAUUGUAAUCACCUUCCUCCAUAAAGUAAUAGUUCUGAAGUGCACUUUGAAGUGUGUGUGUGCAUGUGUGUGUGUGUGUGACAGAGCGAGAGCCAGACAGAAGGACAGUGAACUUGUUUGAGAGUUCACAUAAAUGUCAGGGUCACCAGCAGUUCAGCAGCACAUGGAGCUGAGGGCGGUGAUACAAACUACAAACAUGCAUACACACGGCCAUUGAUUGGUUCUUGUACUGAUUGUGUGUGCAUGAAUGAGCGGCUGUUGGUUUGCUGGCGGCGGUAAACACGUUUAACAGCUGUGUGUGUGUGUGUGUGAGGCUUCAUUAGGCGUGGACCUGUCAAGGCCUUGGGUGUUUCUCCGGUUGAAUUAUUACCUGGCUAGUGCAGUUACUUCUAAUGUGUCACAGAGAUUGCUGGUUGAAGUCCUGCUUCUAUCUCGGUCUUUAUAUUAAGGUGUGAUUUCUACGAUUCUAGACACCAAACUCUUGAUACUAUACACAAGAUUGGAUCCACAAGGUCAAGCGAAAGAAGAUUUUAACAUAAAUUAUAAGAAGAAAAGUACAAUGACAAACAAACUUUUAGUUAACCGAGUCACAAAACAAUGCAGGUGUGUUUUGAAAUGUUCACAUCCCACAAAUUGACGUUGCCCUUUACCAACGGUUCUGUUCGAUAUUUUUAUGGGAAGUCUUUCUAGGCAAACUAAGUCAUUGAAGAUGUACAGUCUGCGUCUUAGAAUCCCCUCUCAGCUAUUUGCAGAUGAAGUGGUCCUGAUGGCCUCACUUUGGCUGUGAUCUUCAGCUUUUACUGGAACGGAAUGAGUCUCAGUACCUCCAAAUGGUUGGUCAUGGUUCUCAAUCAGAAAAGGUGGAUUGGGGGUGAGGUCUUUCCUCAGUUAACGAGCUAGGGAUGCAGUAAUGCAGUCGCUAUACUGGGUUGUGAAGAAAUUUGACUUGAAGAAUUGACACUGGUGGAGGCAUUCAUGUUACUGGUUGAUCGAUGUUCCUACCGGCUGUGAGUAGUCACCAAAAGUGCGAGGUGGUAUUGUAAUUUUCUACUAUUUAAGUAUUUGUUUUCCUGCAUUGUGCGAUAUCUUGAUGAGCAAGGUGCAAUCCACCACCCGCCUUUGCUUAUUGCAUGUUGUUAUCUUUGCUUAUGCAUUUUUUUCAUACUUGCUUUUAUGGCAUAAUGUGAUAUGAACAGGUAAAGCGAGAUUUUUCUUUAAAAAUCAUGUUGAAUCGUGACUUACGCGUGCAAUUAAAGUGUGUUUUUAUGGCCACAGCAACAGCGAAUGUUGAUUUUAUCCUCAGGUGUCCCAGUGAGUCUGCUACUAAGCGGUAUGUCGUAGUACGGAGCUGUAAACACAACCGAAUUUUAUGCUCUACACUUGAACUCCCUUUCACCCCCUCCCUCUCUCCUGCUUUAUCACACUGGAACUGCAGAAUCCCGUUUCACAUGUUCACGUUGUGAUGAGAAAAACUCCGCAGCUACAACAUCACCGCUGGAAACCCUCGAAACAAUCCGCAGUAAUAUCGGUAAAAUUGUUAUUUUAUGACAAACCAUUUUGAAAUCUGAGGCGCACAUCCCGAGGGGCCAAUCAGAGCACCACGGGGGGGGCACAAGAUGGGGUGUAUUUGGCAAGUAUAAGACAUUGAAACCUGUGGCUACAUCUACAGUCCACUGGAUGGCGACAAAGACUGUUUGAUGACGCAAAAGUCCCAAUGUUAGACUUUGAAAAUCCCCCAAGCUACAGUACAUUAUAGCUAAGGGAAAAUCACACGAGAGAAACCGCAUGUGGGACAUCGCAUCCUGGAGCCAGACCUGGGGCAGUGGCUCAUAAGUCAGCGUCCGGUGACUGGGCCUUCACUCGUGGGGUCCACCGGGCCCAAAACCUUGCAUGUUGGGUGGUGGUUGAGGGCGGUCGACCUGGUCUUUGGCGGCCAAAUCCGGUUCUUAGGACAUGGAACGUUACCAUGUUUUUGGACACACUGGUGAAGAAAAGGGCUGAGCUGUCAGCUGACCCCCACCUACUGAUGAGUUGGAUGAGAUGACGGGUGAGAAUGCCGGACAGACCUGGCAGACCCAAACAUAUCGUGAUGGUGUCCUGGGAACCUUUUGGCAGUGUCUACCACUCAUCGAGUCUUCAACUCAAAGGGCAUAUCAAGGGAUAUCAAGUCCAAAUGGGCCAUAAUCAGUACUGAGGUAUCAAGGUAGUUGGUCUGUGCCAGUCAUGGUCGCAAACCCUGAACCAGAUGGUGGAACACCAGAGGUUUGAGGGUCCGCCAAGUUGAAAAAGUCUCACAGACCUUGGAUGCCUUGUGGUACUCUUCAAGCAGCUGAGAGAUAUGGGCUGACCCAGUUAAGAGGAAAAAAUGCAUGGAUGGAAAGUUGCUGAAUGUUUUAAAACCAUAUUGGUUGCACAAUGUUAGACUUUGAAAACCCCUGAACUAGUAUUUUAAAGUUUGAUUGUAUCAAAUGGUAUAUGAUGUACUGAUCAGGUGUGAGUGCAUGUGCUCAAUUUCUCAUAAUCCUCCAAUCUGGUAUCUACUUCUAAUAAGCAUAUUUCCAUAUAUGUAAAAUAUGCGCUAUAUGACUCGUGCAUCAAUUGAUCUUUUGCAGCCCUUAGUGGAAAAUAUUUGGACCCCCUUGCCUCACACCCUUCGGGGGUCCAAAGUGCUGUCCACAGCAUAUUUUAAAGACAACAAAUCAUUUUGCAAGAACAAAAGCAAAAAUGGGAAAAUCUGCAGUAAUUUUACAAGAAUAAAGGCCAAAUAUUAAAGUGGUAAUUUUAGGAGAAUAACACAAUGUAACACAAUGUUGAAAUAUUAAUGAAAAAUAGGCAGUUUAUAAAAGGAUGCAUGGAUGGAUGGAUGGAUAUCUGAGCAUAUCUGCACGUGUUGCUUUCCAACAUGUCAACAUUGCGCUUGUAUGCUUUAAUUUUCACGAUACGGUCCACUGUGGCAAAAACGUUUGGACCCCUUGCUUAUAUCUUAAAUCUCCAAUGAGUGUGCCGCACCUUCACACUCUGUGACCCCUUCAAUGAAAACACACAGCAUGCCAGAACAGACAGAUCCGUGCAUGAAAUGAGUCAUUGUAAAAGCAGCCUGUCUCACUACUGACCGAUUACCCCCCCCCCCCCCCCCCCCCACACACACACACAGUACGUAUGGACACAUGCAGGUGUUAUCAUAAAUAGAAGUGAUUCCAAAUACAGACUGAGAAUGUGAUGGUUUUCUGUGUGCUCCUGUUUACCUUCCAUGCGGUGUUAUAGCCCCUCCCACUCGCGUGCAUACAUGCAAGCGUGUGUCUGCCGCCACUGACCUACGGUUGAACCCGCACAAAAAGAGAUAUCAUUUUAUAGUUAAAGUUAAAGUCUUUCUGAAGAUUAGGAAGAAAUUAUACACAUAUAAUUAUACACAAUUAUGCACAUAUCUCUGUUAGAACAUAAGGUCGGGUUAAUAUGUACUGUGUAGUAUAUGUCAUUCACAACACUCACAGGUGCAUUUUAUUGAUGGCGCUUUCAAAGCACAGAGGUAACAUGACGAGAUCCUGAGUCCCAUUGCCCGUGCCGGUCAUCCACGACCAUCGCCUCCAUGUUGCAGCAUGGUAAUGCACGGCCCCAUGCUGCAAGGAUCUAUACGCAAUUCCUGGAAGCUGAAAAAAGACCCCAGCGCUUGCAUGACCAUCUUACUCGCCAUUGAACAUCUGUGCAGUCAUCACGCUGUCAUAUAUAUGUAUAUAUACACAUACAUACAUAUACACACACAUAUACAUAUAUAGGUAUAUAUAUAAAUAUAUAUUUGACGCCCAAAGAGGUGAUGAUGCGACUCCCCACCAAUGCAUUUCACUUCAGAGCAAGUUUGGGUAUUGAUCACGUGGACAG